AUGGCCGAGCGGCAGGCGGAGCCGGCGUGGCAGGCACAACCAGGCGCGGCCACGGCGGCCAGGAGGCGGCUGAGACGGGUGCGCGACUUGGUAGGAGAGCAGCAGCAGAAGGGGGGUGCGAGGGCGAGGAGCGGCGAGGCGUCUGCAGGGCAUCCUAGACGGCGGCUGGACGCGGUGAGCGCUGGCGCGGGCCGGCGAGGCGGGGCGGCCGGGAGCCCCGGCGGAUGCGGCUGCAGGCGCGCGAGGCACGGCGGUAGCAGUGCCUCAGUAGCAGCAGGUGUGGGCGCGGCCGGGCAGCGGCUGCAGCGCCGGAACCGGCUGGGAUCGAGCGGGCGGCCGAGUGGGGCAUGGGCGAGCCAAGCGCGACCAGGGGACGGGGCAUGCGAGCGGGGCGGGCUCAGUGGCGCGAGCGCAGGUGCACGGGAGCUGCAGGGCGCAGCGCGGUACAGCAACGGCAGUAGCAGGCGAGACCACGCGUGCGGGAGCGGACGGAGAGGUUCGGGCACGUCGGUGGUGGCGUCCUACGGCGACGGGAGGGGGAAGAAACUCGAGGAGCUCACCGGGGGAGCACACGAAGGCCCGGUGCUAGCUUAG